AACAGAAAGCAGACAAAAGAAGAAGAAGCAUGAGAACAAAGAGCAAAACAACAGCCACAUACAUUAGAAUAAUGGCAUAGAAACUUGUGGGAGGCACCAUCAACAUCAUCAUUCAAAACCCCCCCCCCCCCCCCCCCCCCCCAUUUCGUUUUCUGAAUCACCUCCCAUCACAUUUUGCAUUCAUUUCCAUUACCCAAGCUUCUACCUUUUUUUACUCUCUCUCUCUCUCUACAUUCUUGUGCCUUGUUAUCUGGUCCUCAUUAUGUCUUGGCAUUAUGUGGGAAGUCGUUGAGUUUCAAGAAUAUUUGCCAGCCAAGAUUCGUCACAGAUUUGGAAGUUGAGAUUGGAAUUUUCUGUUGAGCGGCUGUCAAUAUGAGACUCGGUAUGCAGAAAAAUGAUUCUGACUCGUCCCCUGGCCCAAGUUUGGAGGGAAGCUUCAGAAAAUCUGCAUCUGUGGCUUCUGUUCGCACAACAUCCAGCAAUUCAAGCAAAUUCCUUCCAACUUCAAGAAGGGUGUAUAAGGUCCUCAAGGAGUAUUCGAUGAAGCUGGUUGACUUCAAUGUAUUUGCCGAGCAUCUUGAGGAUUGGGUGGGGAAGAAUUUGUUCAGUAAAACCACUGAUGGCGAACAGAAUUUUAGCUCUCCCUUCUUGAUUGAUGACCUGCGAACCUUUGACUUUGCUCUGGAGGGAGUUCUGUUUCAACAGCUACUACGCAUGCCUUACCCACCGUAUGCCUCUGACAAUCUUAAAGAAGAUGAGCUUCUGGCUCUGGAAGAUUUUCUACAUACUGCCGCUGAAGGGCUGUGGCGUGCAUUUUGGCAUAAGAAUAAACCAUUGCCAUAUUUUGUGUCCUUUCCUCGUUAUCCAGGAUCCAAAUUUUACACUGUUGACAAGGCUAUAUCGAGAGGAAGACUUGGAGGGCUUUGUGGUGCGGCUUUGAUGUCGAAAAAUAAAGGUAGCCUACAUGCUCGUUGGGAUGAUGUGGUAAAGUUUGUCUUGUUCAAACAAAAUCUUGUCAAAGGAGAUGAAUGUGGGCUUCCCCCUGAGGUUGUUUGUGAAGCUCUCUUCUAUGGUAUUCAUAUACUAUUGUCGAGGAGUUUGAGUAAGUACAAUAAUGUCACCACAGAUCAUGUUUAUGUAUCCAUUCUCGACUCUAAACUUGGAGGUGUUGUGAAACUUGGUGGUGACCUUGGAAAGUUGGAAGUUGAUUUGGAUAACCCUUAUCAGUCGAUGGCAGAUUGGAUCGCAUGUCAUGCAGAAGUGAGCAUUUCUCAUGUAGAUCGAAUAUGGAACAAGCUUGGAAACGUGAACUGGGGCGACUUGGGAACCCUGCAGAUACUUCUGGCGAUGUUUUACUCGAUCAUCCAAUGGAAUGGUCCGCCGAGGAAGUCUAUGGCGUCUCUUGCAGCAAAACAUAGUCUCCGCCUUCAAAAACGAAGAAUGGAGAGCCAGGUGGUUGAGAAUGAUAAUUCUCUUGUUCCUUAUCAGCACGAGAGCAGUUACAAUGGAGAAAUUGUGGAAUUAGAUAAUGAAAGUAAUCAAAAUCCGAAGAGGAAAGGUCCGCGGUUGGACCUCAGUCAGGGCCAGAUUUUGCUGUUGGAAGAUCAGAACCAGGGGAUAAAGAGCUUUCAGAUUCAAGAUUUUCUUGAUGAUGGGAAUGGCUGUUCGUACAUUGCUGUUGCCGCCGACUGUCAUGCACAGCCGCUGACUCUAUACGUUGGGGCCCACCCGUCCCGUUUGGAGCCGUCGUGGGAGGACAUGAACCUGUGGUACCAAGUGCAGAGGCAGACUAAAGUGGUGAACAUCUUCAAAGAGCAGGGUGUUUCAUGCAAGCAUCUGCCUGAGAUCAUCGCGUCGGGCCGGAUCAUCCACUCCGGCCCAUGUGAGAAGCAGAGUCCAAAGGGGCGCUGCGACCAUCCGUGGUGUGGAACACCGAUGCUCGUGACGUGUCCGGUGGGAGAGGCGCUCUCGUCCAUCAUUGCUCACGAAGGCCCUUUCUCGGCUGAAGAAGCAACUCGCUGCUGCCGGGACUGCCUAGCGGCUCUGAGAAGUGCGAAGACUGCUAACAUCCUUCACGGCGAUAUCCGGCCGGAGAAUAUCAUACGGAUAGUCGAGGAACACGGCUCGAGGGCGCGGAGCAUGUUCGUGCUCAUCUCGUGGGGCCAUGCGGUCUUGGAGGACAGAGACAGCCCGGCUUUGAACUUGCAGUUCUCGUCGGCUCACGCGCUCCAGCACGGGAAGCUCUGCCCGUCAUCCGACGUGGAGAGCCUUGUGUACUUGCUGUAUUACGUCUGCGGUGGCUCCAUGCAGCAGCAGGAUUCGAUAGAAUCGGCGCUCAAGUGGAGGCAGAGGAGCUGGGCGAAGCGGGUGAUACAGCAGCAGGUGGGGGAGGUUUCGCCUAUCUUGAAGGCCUUUGCGGACUAUGUCGACGGCAUAUGUGGGACCCCGUAUGCCGUCGACUACGAUGCGUGGCUCAAGCGGCUGGAUAGGGCCGUGGAUGGGUCGGCUGAGCGUGGGAAGAUGAGACUCAAGGAUGUGGCUGACUCGUCAGGAACUUCGGCUGCUGGGAGUUCUAUGUGAUGUUGCAAAACAUUAUUGGAAAUUUUUUUGCAUGAUGAAUUGGGUGGGUUAAUUCAUUGCUUUCUCGUACUUGCGAUUCAGUUUCUCUUUAUUUAUUUUUUAAUGUGUUGGAAAUUAAGUCAUUAAUUUUUUAGCAUGAAUAGAUCGCCACCACUUGAUCGGACUCAUGAAUAUUUGUGAUCGAAAUAGACAAAUUCCUACGUGAUUCUAA